ACGUCGCGUCUGUCUCAGUGGAGACCGAGAUUGAGAGAGAUCGUCGCAGAAUCAAAAGACCUAGGCAUCGUGCAGAAGUUUACUUUUAUGUUUGGAACUAACAUUUUGAUGUAAUCGUAUCUCUGCCGCUGUAUACUGCCACCGCUUUGGACUUGUUUUCCCCCACAAUUCUCAACAAGAAUAAGACACGCAAAAAAGAACCUCUACAGCUGGAAAGUACAGAGGCCAUCCUUCCUGCGAUUUGAGAUAAUGCAAGUCAACGAAUUCGUUCCACUCUUAAAAAUCUUCACAGGGUAUGAUUUGCAACUCUGAUCUCUCUUUCACCGCUGUUAAAGUUACAAAAAAACAGUAGAUAAGUGAUUUCUUAUGGGGGUUAGCUUUCCUAUGUGCAGAUUCCGGCGCCGGGUGUAAAGCACAGUUGCAGUACUGGGAGUAACGUGAAGAGGAUGCAAUCUCUUUGUACCAUCCCCCAAUCUCCUUACUUUUCCAGUACACAGGUCCUUGCGUUUGUUGUGUAAAAAGUAGCCUAAUCCAGAAGUGGGAAGCACACAAAAGUCAGAGUUCGCCUGUUCCAAAACACUGCACUGUAAAUAAUAAUUGCAAUAAAAUGAUAUUUUACCAGGUGGUGGGGCAUGUACAAGAAGUGCUGAACUGAAAAUGGAUUCUAAUUACCGCAAGCUCCUACCUACGUGUGUUCAAUUAGGGGUACACUCUUCGACUGUGGAAAGCAUGUUCCCAAAAGACUCGGAUAUAAAGACAUCUGAAUUAUCAACUAGUGAAGCAUCAAACGACAGAAAAGACAACACAUGUGCAAGACAGUUGCAAGUUACAAACGAAAAAGAAAAGAGUCUGAGUAAAAACGAUGACUCUGCUGCAGACGAUCCUUCCAAAAAAAAGAGGCAACGACGCCAAAGGACUCAUUUUACCAGCCAACAGCUUCAGGAACUGGAAUCCACUUUUCAGAGGAAUCGGUAUCCCGAUAUGUCAACCAGAGAAGAAAUUGCAGUCUGGACCAACUUAACUGAAGCUAGAGUCCGGGUAUGGUUCAAGAACCGUCGGGCCAAGUGGAGGAAGAGAGAAAGAAACCAACAAUCAGAACUAUGCAAGAACGGCUUCGGUCCUCAAUUCAAUGGCCUUAUGCAGCCCUACGAAGACAUGUACCCCAGUUACACCUACAAUAACUGGGCCACAAAGGGUCUGACAUCGGCCUCUCUCUCCACAAAGAGCUUCCCUUUCUUCAACUCAAUGAAUGUCAACCCACUGUCGUCGCAGACAAUGUUCUCACCACCGAACUCCAUCUCUUCCAUGAGUAUGUCCUCAAGCAUGGUACCGUCAGCAGUCACAGGAGUGCCCGGCUCCAGUCUCAACAGCCUCAAUAACUUGAAUAACCUCAACCCUUCUCUCAAUUCUGGCGUGGCAACGUCAGCCUGUCCUUAUGCCCCGCCAACCCCUCCUUAUGUAUAUAGGGACACUUGCAACUCCAGUUUGGCCAGCCUGAGACUGAAAGCCAAGCAGCACUCCAGUUUUGGAUAUGCCAGUGUUCAGAACCCAGCCUCUAACCUGAGUGCUUGCCAGUAUGCAGUGGAUAGGCCAGUGUGAAAACUGAAAAUUCCAAAACAGAAUGAGGAGAAAAAGAGACUCCAACUGACUUAAAGGGCACUACAGACUAAACCACUGAAUAUGAGCAAAACCUGAGAUGGAGAAUCUAACUUAAAAGGAACUAAUUAAAUAUAGGCAUCCCUCCUUACAAGUAUUUUUUUGUUUGUUUGUUUGUUUCUCAAAAGAACAAGUGCAGAAUUCGACUAGAUGUGCCAUUUUAUUCCUAGAUAGGCUUGUUACUUUGAAGUUUAGCAUUGUGGACACUAAAUGACUGAAAGGAUGUAUAUAUCAGAAUGUCUAAAUAAUUUUAUAAAAUCAAAUGCUAGUACUAUCUCAACAGUGUUUUCAAGGUUUAGUUUAAAAAAAGCAUGUGGAAACGUAAAGGAAAUGUGUUUUGCUUGCAAACAAGGGAAUGUAUAUACUUAAUGCACCAGUUGUAUGUUUAUAACAUUAUUAUUAUUAUUAUUAUUAUUAUUAUUAUUAUUAUUAUUAUUAUUAUUAUUAUAUGUCUGUGUGAAUAUUGGUUUUAGAGUAGCACAUCUGGUAGUAAGAAGUAACAAUGUUUCUGCAAAAUGAAAUAUAAAAUUUACCCUGUGCAUAAUAUUUGGUACAAAUUUUUGUUUCAUUUUUUUUUUUAACAACAACAACAAAAAAGAAUAAAAUAUUGUGUUUUAUUUCAUGGGAGUAAAUAUACUGUA